AUGGUAUAUGACACCUUGCCUAAGUUUCAACAAAAGGCUUUUACUGCAGCAGAAGAUGCCUUUGCUGACUGUGGCGCAGCUGCGACAGGCAAUGAGAGGCAUCAAUAUUACCGCACCUCGGCGGACUGCUACGUCCGAGGAGGACAAGACCUCAAAGCUGCUGAUACCUAUCUUGAGGGCAAAGAGUUUGAGCUAGCUGCAAAGAAAUACCGCAAGACUGGAUCUUUUGACAGGACGCUCCAUGUCCUUACUGACCACCAUGCCAUGAUACCUGAAAAGACCGCGACAGAUUUGCAGAUGUUGACAAGGAAACUCAAGUUUUUGGAGGAAUACGACUUGGAUUGUACUCGUAUUCCCCUUCUGGAGUCUCGCUCAAUGUACUAUGAAGUCGCGGGAGAUACACUUAUCAGGGAACUGCCACAUGGAAGCAGUUCAAGCAUUCCUCAAGGACAACAGAAUAUUGAUUCAACUUCUCGUGCGGCCGACACUCUUCUGGAAAUCAUGUGGUGCAAAUGCUCAUUCAGGAUCACCCCCGAAGCCGCUGUUGCUGACGAUUCCGUGCGGCAAGCUGCCGCCCUCACUGAUCAGCUGCAUCAUGUCCUUCAUGCGGCAAAGGCGGUUUUCAAGAACGACGUCGCUGUUGCUCGUCACAUGAGCCAACCUCGUUCUGGGUGCAGUACGUGGCUGCAGGAUUUGGCAUGCUUUCGCCCCGAGUCUGAUGACUCUCAUAUGGACUCGGAUGAUGAACCAAAUAUUUCCAUGGAUAUGGACGAUGGACCGAAUAUACCCGACAUCGAGUCUGGUGGUUUUGGGGAUUGGGAUGAGAUGUCUCGAGGGAGUACUGGUGGUAGUGAGAGCCAGGGAAUGCCAACUCACAACUCGGAAGUUAUCGACUCAUAUCCUGACUGCGCUCAAACAUACGGCAAGGGCUACCACCAAACACCGUGCAAUGAAUCCGUAUUACCCAUCAGCAGCCGGAAAGACUGGGAAGUUGGGUCGUGGCUCCUUCGCUCAGGAUUGAGCAUGGGGAAGAUAGACAGUUUUCUUUCACUCGAGAUGCUGGACUUUACGCCUCGCAGGGUGUAUACCACUGCACAGAGGUUGUGUCGCGUGUUCUCAGAAUGGGCGACAGGUGAUGACGCGUGGAAUAUGCAGUCAGCCCUACCAAAAGGUGCAACACUCCUUGGGACCAUCUUAUCAUCUGACAAGACGAAUGUAUCGACCAUGACGGGCGACAGAGUUGCACAUCCCCUUCUCAUUAGCCUUGCUAAAAUACGCAUGUCUACCCGACUCAAAUCGUCUUCGAAUGCCUUUGUCCUUACUGCUCUACUCCCCGUCCCAAAAUUCAUCUACAAGAAGAAACGCAUGCGAGGUCCGCCCGCGAAGGGGGUCAUGCUGUCAGAUCCUAUCGGACACAGUCGCUACUGUUUCACACCACUCGCAAGCUAUAUUGUCGACACCCCGGAGGCCAUGAUGCUGCUUGCCGUUGGCGGGAAAACCUCUCCGGUUACUAUGGUCAUGUAUAAACAGUUUGGAGAUUCUUUCCGUCACGAACCUCGCACACGAGCAACUACACUCUCCCAGCUGGCUACUGCACGGAGUAAAGUUGAUCCCGAUGACAUCGAGGCUUUUUUCCGUGAGGCCCAGAAGUUUCGUCUGAAUGGCGUCAACACACCAUUCUGGCUAGAUUGGCCCCUCAGUGAUCAUCACACUUUCUUACUCCCGAGUUUCUUACCUCAUCCAUCGCGAGUUCUACGACCACGAUGUAAAGUGGCUCAUUUGCGCAGUCGGUUGACACAGAGAUCGAUUUUCGGUUCUCUGUGUUGCAGGUCAUCACUGGGUUCCGUCAUUUUCAUGGCGGGAUUUCAAAACUUAAACAGGUUACAGGACGCACUCAACGCGACAUCCAGCGCUCAAUUGUCGCGGUCAGCGCGGACGCAAGUACCUAGCACCGUGAUGGCUGCCGUACGAGCUCUCAUGGACUUUCGGUACCUCGUACAGUCACCCGUAAUCGAUGACAUCCAACUCACCCGUAUUUCCAUGGCCCUUGAAGAAUUUCACGCCAACAAAGAUGCAAUUAUAGAUGGCGGGAUUUCGUCGUGGUCAGCGUGGUGGAUUCCGAGCAUAAGGAACACUGGAGUUUCUCUGCAAUGGACCGCCGACACCACCAAACAUGCGCACAUAACGGAAAUCAAGGAUCCUGCUCGCUCCAGCAAACAACAACAACUACGAUCCCCAGAUAUGGUCGCCAUCUUGACCGUACCGAUAAACUCGAAGCGGCAGGGUUCAGAUGACGUUGGCGAUGUCAAUGACAACGUUGAUCUCGAUGCAGACGACGAUCACGACGAUGGCGAUGUUGAUUUCGACGCAGAUGUCGAUCAUGAUAUCCCACACCUUCUAGCGAUGAACAAAUACCCUGGGCAUUCACGUCCGACCACUAAUUACUUCGAAAUUGCCAAGGUCCUUCAGCACAGGGAAGCGGGAACAGUCCCUGUGCCAUUGCGCUCAAUAUAUCUGUUGACCGAUGCUGCCAUUAAGUUUGGCCUUCCCGACUUACGACCAGCCAUUGCCGACUUUCUUCGUCGUGAGGAUACUCACGGGAGGGAUCACAUUCCAUACUAUUGGGGGGGGCUAGAAGAGCUUGGACCCACUACUCCACUUCCCUUCGACAAACUACAAGUCUGGUUUAAGCUUCGGCUCCAGGACACCGAUUUUCAUGAUAUCAGCAUCAUACGGCCUGCACAGGACCCUCAACUGCGCACCCCCUUCUGA